AUGGUGGACAUCACUGAAGAUGAGGCGGUUCUGCAUCUCAAGAAGAUCUUAGGAAUCAUUGUGGCAGAUGUGGUCGGUGCAGGAAUUCUGGCAAUGCCGGUGGCCAUGGCGAACUUCGGCCUCUAUCCGGGUAUCAUUGCGCUUGUCUUACUUCUGGCUGCAAAUGUGCAUGUAUCCAUCGUGAUGUGGAGAGUUCGGAUGUUUUGCCCCAGUUGCAUUGGCACCACCACCUACACAGCAUAUGUGAGGGGUGCUUUUGCAAAAGCACCUACAUGGCAACGGCGCGCGAUCAUCUCUUUAACAGGUUUCUCUCAGAAAUCGUUUCUUUUGGGCGUGAUGGGCCUCUACCUGCUAAGUGCAGGAAAGGGCAUGGGUAUGUUGUUCUAUCACAAUCACGUUUGUCUUCCGACUUGGAUGAUUUAUGCUGCCCUGCUGCUUCUGCCAUUCGCCGCCACUGCCCGUCGCAUGGGCACUUGGCAAUCCUUGGUUUGGAUGAAUGUUGCGACUCUGAUGGGGACAAUUCUGAUCCCCUUGGGCUUCUAUAGCAUCAUCGGCACGGAGGAGAUUAAGGUGCCAGGCAGCAAAGUGGAGAUGUUUAGCGAUUUGUCGUUGCGACAAAUCUUCAGUGGCUCUUCGGCAUUUACCUUUGGAAUGACAUCUCAGCUCAUCCUUGUUGAAAUUAUAGCAGAGAUGAAGGAGCCAAUGCAGAUGCCUACAGCUUACGCCAAGAUUUCUGCUCCUUUCCAGCUUGUCAUGUUUGCAGUGGCUGGCAUUGGGGGCUACCUGUACAUGGGCAACAAGGUUGCUGGGAUGAUGAAUGAGAAUCUUCCGUUUGGCGGUGCUUUCCAAGUGGCAGCAGGAUGCAUGCUGACUCACAUGCUGAUUUCGUAUCUGAUCAAAGGAGUGCUAUUGUGCAAAUCGGUGCACAGAGCAGUUGACCGCACAUAUGCACAUGCAAGUGAUAAUCGUCCAAGAUCUUGGAUCGGCUGGGUAUGCAUUGUCACAUCUAUGCUGGUGCUUACCUGGAUUUUGGCCAACAUUGUGCCCUUCUUUGGAGCAGCAGUGGAUCUCUUGGGAGCAAGCGUGACGCCGAUAACUUGCUGGUUGAUCCCUUUGAUCUGCUACAUGCGGAUGUCCUGGGACCACCCUGACUGGGAUUCAGAAGGAAGGAAAGGCGGCCGUUGCUCCAAAUUCAUCAAGAUUGUUGAGUGGAUUGUUAUAGGCAUAGAAUUCAUUCUGGCCCUGAUCCUGAUGGUAUUUGGCACUCGCUCGUCCUUGUUGACUAUUGUGGAGGAGUGGGGCACUUUUGGGGAGCCGUUCGAAUGCCACUGUGAAGGCUUAUGGCAGACCUGUGGUUGUUCUGCACAGCACGCCGGGAUGGCGGAGUUUUGCCCAACAACACCCUAGGCAGCCUUCCAUCACGGGCUUUCGGAUCCUGCUUGACAGUUGCUAUCAGGUUAUACUUAUAUGGCGGUUUGGGUUGGUGGUUUGGAAGUCUGGGAAAUCAGAGUUAUGUGCAAAAUAGAUUUGAAAAAUGUUUUUUGUGUGUGUGUGUGUUUUGUAUUUGUUUUAUUUUUUGUUUAAC